UAGGUGGCAGUGUGUCGCUCAGCUGUCUAUUGACUUACAAGCAAAUGCAAAAGGGAGGAAGACUUGACAAUAAUAUUGACAACAUAUAAAAGGAAACUGUGAAACGUACCCUGAUCUGAUGCUGGCAGUGGAGAACUGACAGGUGGUUUUCCCAUCAUGGAGGCUGUGGCCGACAUCCUUAAUGUGUUCCACAUCAAGACCAGUGGAUUGUCUGUAACACUCAGCAUCUUCCUUAUCUUUCUAGGUCUUCUCUACUGGUAUUCCGUCUACCCCUUUUCAGUCCUUUCUCGAUGUGGUAUCAAACAUCCAAAACCAGUUCCUUUCUUUGGCAACAUAUUCCUGUUUCGCCAGGGGUUUUUCAGUCCGCUCAUCGAUCUCAUAAAGACACAUGGCAGAGUUUGUGGGUACUACAUUGGCCGGAGGCCAGUGGUGGUUGUAGCAGACCCAGACAUACUCAGACAAGUGAUGGUCAGGGACUUCAGCAGCUUUCCAAACAGAAUGGCUUUGAACUUUGCCACCAAGCCUAUGACUGACUGCCUGCUCAUGCUGAGGAAUGAACGCUGGAAGAGAGUGCGGAGCAUCCUGACCCCAUCAUUCAGUGCUGCCAAGAUGAAAGAGAUGGUCCCGCUAAUCAACACAGCCACUGAUUCUCUGAUGAACAACUUGAAUGUGUAUGCCGAGUCAGGAGAGGCUUUUGACAUCCACAGAUGUUUCGGCUGCUUCACCAUGGAUGUUAUCGCCAGUGUGGCAUUUGCAACCCAGGUGGACUCACAGAACAACCCAGAGGACCCAUUUGUUCGCCACGCUCAGUUGUUCUUUGGCUUUUCAUUCUUCAAGCCCAUAAUUCUGUUUUUCAUUGCUUUUCCUUCCAUCACUGCUCCUCUGGCUGGACUCUUCCCCAACAAGAGACGAGACCAGGUGAAUCAGUUUUUUAUCAGCAUCAUUCAGAAAAUAAUCAAGCAGCGAGAGGAGCAGGCCCCUGAGCAGAGGCGUCGAGACUUCCUUCAGUUAAUGCUGGACGCUCGAACAAUCAGUGAGUCUGUGUCUUUGGAACACUUUGACACAGUGGACCACGGUGCUGAGCUUGAUCACGGAAGCACACAGCCAGCGGCUUUGAAUCAGGACAGCGACCAUCUUGGCCCACAGGAGCUUCCCGCCAGGCGUUCACAGAAGAAGAUGAUGACUGAGGAUGAGAUCGUGGGUCAGGCUUUUAUCUUUCUACUGGCAGGCUAUGAAACCAGCAGCAAUGCAUUGGCCUUCACCUGCUACCUCCUGGCCAUCCACCCUGAAUGUCAGUGCAAAGUACAGGAAGAGGUGGAUGAGUUCUUCACCAGACAUGAGGCACCAGAUUACACCAGUUUCCAGGAGCUUAAGUAUUUAGACAUGGUUAUUUGUGAAGCUUUGCGUCUGUACCCUCCUGCAUUCAGGUUUGCUCGAGAUAUUGAGCAGGACUGCGUGGUGAAUGGCCAGUUCCUCCCCAAAGGAGCGACACUGGAGAUUCCAGUGGGAUUCCUUCAUUAUGACCCAGAGCACUGGCCCGAGCCUAAGAGGUUUAUCCCUGAGAGAUUCACAGCAGAGGCCAAGGCCAGUCGACAUCCAUUUGUGUACCUACCAUUUGGGGCAGGCCCCCGUAACUGUGUGGGCAUGAGGCUCGCCCAGCUGGAAAUCAAAAUGGCUCUCAUUCAUCUGUUCCACAGGUUCAAUGUCAUGGCCUGUUCUGAGACGAAGGUUCCUCUUGAGCUGAAGUCAGCAAACACUUUAGGACCUAAAAAUGGUGUAUUUGUGAAAAUCACAAAAAGAAACAUGGGAGGAGCUCAAGUGAAUUUUUCAUCAGCCAAUUAGAAGCUCACUCUUCAUCUUCCUACAUGCUGGAAAAUGGAGUGCUUGGAGUGAUCCAGAGAUGCUUGAUAAAAGCAGUCCUGGGUUCAUUUUAAUCUUGAAUAUAUAAGAAUAAGGAACUGGUGAUUAUUUCAAAUGCUUCCAUGAAACUGCCAAGGCGAUUAAAGGCAGAGGACUAAUUGGUCCUGUUUGAAUGGUGUAACUUUAAAAUGGCUCAAAUGCAACUAUUGACAUUUCAUAAAACUAGGGGUUGAAUGUUUUUUUUUUUUGUUUCAUGCACUAUAAAAUUAACUGAACUAC